AUGACCAGUGACCUUGUUUCUGUAUCGUCUGACGAUAAUGAUAUUGGUGGUGGUGGUGGUGAUUAUCCACUAGAGCAGGAUCAAGAUAGCAUUGGAGAUGACUAUUAUAGUCAACCUUUCACUCCAAUGACGUUGGACGAGCCUUGCCAUCCUCAAAAGAUGUUUAUCGACAGUGAACUAGGGAGACCGAUUGAUACAACAACAACAACAACAACAACAACAACAACAACAACAACAACAACAUCCACUCAUCAUCUGCAUGGAGAUGACCAAGCAAAGCUCAAAGAACUGCAGAGUAGGAUUCUCGAUCUCGAGAGCGUGAUUGAGCUACUCAAAUCUACACCCAAGGUUGAUAUCAUUGGAAAGUUAGAGUCACUCAAUGGCCCCAAAGCCAAGUGGUACAAGAGUGAGAUUGGGAAGGAUGGACUCUUGUUCCAUCUGGGAUAUCAGUCAGGUGGACUUUGA